CCGGUCUGCAGCAGCCCACAUGCGCUAUGUCGCCUCUUAUUUGCUUGCUGCCCUUGGGGGCAACUCCUCUCCUAGCGCCAAAGACACAAAGAAGACACUAGACAGCAUGGUUAUCAAGGUGGACGAUUACUGGCUCAACAAGGUCAUCAGAGAACUGAAUGGAAAUAACAUUGAGUAUGUCAUCACCCAGGGCGUUGGCAGACUUGCCAGUGUGCCUGCUGGUGGGAAUGUGGCUGUUUCUGCUGCCCCUGGCUCUGCAGCUCCUGCUGCUGGUUCUGCCCCUGCUGCAGCAGAGGAGAAGAAAGACGAGGAGAAAAAGGAGGAGUCCUAGGAGUCAGAUGAUGACAUGGGAUUUGGCUUGUUUGAUCAAAUUCUGG